GAGGCUCCACCUUCAACUUUAGUUGUUGUUGAGCUGCUGUUCAGGGUGUACGUGUUGGUGAUACGUGCCCGCCUAGAUCACUGACAAGUGCUGUUUUCACAUAUGAUUUACUGCUUGGCGGGAUAAGAGUGUUCCAGGGACCUGUGUGACUUGAAAAAUCGAGUAUUAUAUGUCAGUGAUAUCACAGUUCUGAAUUAAACACACAGAGAAGAGUAUGGCUGAAAUUAUGAUGGGAAGUACUGUACACUAUGUUAUGCAUGAUCAGGUUGCAGCAGUAGAUCAGUGCUAGCUUAAAUGAGAGUGAAGGAAGGCAAGAGUGCUGGGGGAUGGGGUGGAUUGAGUGAGAGAGGAAGGAAUAUCAUCAUGUACUACGCCAACAGCAAGACCCUCCGUGUGCUGGCCUUCACCAUCCUCGCCGGGGCAUUUUUCGUGUACUACCACCACUAUACAGUAGGAUCUCUGCCACAAAACACGAGCACACAGAUCCAGAUCAAUGAUAGCGGGCGUAUUACGAGUGUUGGUCUCUCGUUGAAUGAGGUACAGACUUUCCUCCUGAAGCAGAUUCCAAAGAGUGCCGAGGGAGAGAGACAAGAGCUGAAGGAGGCGCAAAAGAAUGCUGGGGUGGAGACACAAGCAGGUGGUGAGAGUGAGAUGAGCUCUGACUAUAUGUUUGAGGAUAAAUGUUGCAAGAAGGAGAAGGGAGUGACCUGGAGACACCCUGUGAUGCAGCCUUCACACGGAUCCUUCCUGAAGAACCUAAACUUCUCCAAUUACACGCAGAAGGACCGAGAGUUCCUCCAGGAUCACACGAAGAUAAUGAUCAAGAGGACAGACUUAAUAACUAAGAUGUGCAAGUCGCGCCCACAGCUGGCAACCUCCAGGCCCCUCCACCUCCUCUGGUACACCAACCACGAUCCUAACAUCAUCUUAUGUCCCAUAUAUAGGGCAUCACUAACACCACAGAUGAUGGAGUUGUUCAAUAAGAUUCACGUAACAGAGGUUGACCCAUCUGAGAGGACCCGGGUGUUCACCAGCGGUCUUCGGGUCUUGGUAGUGAGAGACCCACUGAUAAGGAUUCUUUACAUUUACCUGGACAAAAUAGCCACAAGGAAGCCCUGUUCAGAUUACUUUGAGAAACUACAGAAGAUGAUAGUGGCAAGAUAUAGAAAGAAGAAAAAGAAGCAGAAACUGCCCCGCUAUCCAGCCUUUCAUGAGUUUGUGCAGUAUGUGUUGGACUCUACCAGGUCCCUGCACUCAGCUGAGGACUGGAUGACAAAGGCAGAGUGCUGGACGCCGUACUGGGCUCAGUGUAAUGUGUGUGCUGCUGACUACGACAUAGUCCUGACCGCUGAGACUCUGGAGAAAGACGAGAAGUUCCUCGCUUCAGUAACUAACAUGAAGACAUACAAAGAUCAGCAUUCAUCAAAGUCUCUUCAGUCAACGGAUAAUAAUAAAAUCUUGAGCCAAAGUGACAUCAAAGACUACCUGAGGCAGCUGGAUGUUCAGCAGAUGAAUUUACUGUACCAGCACUACAUCCUGGACAAUGAGAUCUUUGCUUACAAAUCGACAAAGAAAAAGCAUCUCUACCUUGCACAUGACUAAAAGAAGGAUGAAAGUGUUGCUCUGUCACUUAUUGUUGCUAACCAGGGACCUAAUUCUCAAUGAUAAUAAUAAUAUUAAUUCAGGGUAAAACUAAUAAUAAUAAUAAUAAUAAUAAUAAUAAUAAUAUUUAUUCAGCAUUUGUAAAGUCAAUGCAGGUACAGGUGUGCAGUGUAUGUAGACCAUCCAGGUGUAAAAUUUUCACUGUACCCAUACCAAGACAGUGCAGGUAACCAACAAUAAUAAAUAGCAAGACAAUCUGACCAAAGUUAGCCAACAAAGCCAUCUGAUGCUUAUAUCCAGUAGGGUCCAUUUGCUAUCCAUUCCUGUGACUAGAUUUUCAGAAUGCAUCUAACUGACUAUCCCAUGACAUCUCAAUCUUGCACGUGACUAAAGGCAAGAUCAAAGUGGAGGGAUAUUUUUACAGUAACUGUGUGUUUUAGAGUGUACAGUACUCCUAUACUUAACAGGUUGACUUAGGAUGGCAUAUAAAGACAACACCCAAAGUGACAUUGAAUUUACACUUAGACUUUUCUAUAGCUUGAUGUGUUUUAUCAUGUAAAUUUGGAGAAGAAACAUUUAGGUUGAAACAGAACCUUUGUCCAGAGCUGCAGUCGGUGGUAGUGGAGAUAUUCCUCAGUCUUAGAGAUCAUUUCUAGAGAUGUCCGUACUUGAUCAACUUUAGAGAAAGAUUAUUUCUCAAGGCAGAUCAUUUCCAGAGACAGUAGAUCACUUCUCAUGGUGAUAGAUCAUUCCUUGAGAUAAUAAUGAAUUUCUUGAGACUGUAAAUGAAUUCUGGAGUUAAUGAGAAUUUCUCAAGAAAAAAAUCUUGAGCUAAAAAAACACAUUCUUGAAAUAACUGAUAUUUCUCAUUGUAGGAGAAAACUGUUCAUACAACAUAAUAUUUUGAGAUAAUGAACAACUUCUUCAGAUACAUUCACAGGAAAUUUAUAAAGAUGGAUUAAUUUCUGGAGAUAACAUCAAUCCUAGUAAUGAGAGGUAAUAUUUGACUACCUUCAAUUUACUGUUUUCUGUGCUUUACGAAUUAAUAUCAGGAAAGUAGACCUUCCUUUAUAUGGUUGUGGUGAUACAUCAGUUUUAUGAUGUUUAGUCUGGUUUAUUCCAUGUGCAGAGCAGUGUAUUGGCCACUGUGUGGUCUUGGGAUUUUUUUGUGAUUUUAAUAAUGACUUUCUAGUGAGGCAUAUGCAUUUUUUCCUGAGUCUUUGUGUCUUAAUACAAAAACAGGUACAGUACUACUAUAUUCUCUCUCUCUCUUUUCCCUCUAUUCUGUCUCUUUUAACCUUAAGUUUCUAUUUUCUCUGUCUUUCUAUUCCGUAUACUGUAUCCUAUUCUCUCUCUCUCUCUGUUCCCCUUACUGUAUAUCCUAUUUUCUCUCUCUCUCAUCUUGUAAGAGUAUAACAUCACUUGGGUUAACAGGCAUUACCAUGCCAUGCAACUUAUACGAUAGAGGUCAAAGUUCUGUUGCGUACAUCUUGGUUGAUCGCCUCACCCUAGGAUGACCUAUAGAACUACACUGGUUUCCCUUUAUUGGUUUAUAUGAGGCCAUGGGAGUAAGAGGGAGCGAAUCAACCAAAAUUAUGUUUCGAGAUACGAGUGGUUUUGUUUCGUGCACAUUAUAUUGUGUGUGUCUCUGUAGCACAGCACACAAGAUAAGUGAAACUGGUCUUAAAUAAUAGGAACUUUAGUGUAUUUUCAAACUAUGUUAAAUUUCUUCUACAUUUGUUAGAUUUUAGUUGGCUGAUUUGUUCCUCUUGACCCGAGCGCCUCAUUAUCAUGGCUGUUGGUGGUAUUUUGUUCUUCUGAAUGCAAAUAUUGGCAUUACUGUAGUCUCAAAUUUGAUCCCUUGUAUAAAUCAGCUUGUCUAUUAAAGAAAACUAUGUUGAGAGUUGGUUAUAGUAUGUGUAACAAUUAAUAUUGUCUGUGACUUUUGA